AUGGUAGAUACUUAUACACUGUAUUCUAAAACAGUGGUAAACAGUGCGUUCUGCGUAAGUUUCGCGGUCAUCUCUUGCGCGCAAGUAGAAGACCCAUGCAAGAUCAAGUCCCGUGUGGCUGCAGACGAUAAGUACUGUGACAAAUACUGGGAGUGUGAUGGUGGUCAGUCGGUGCAGUACGACUGCCCCAAUGGGCUGGUCUUUGCGGGGAAACACAGAGGUGUGACUGAAGGAUGUGACUACCCCUGGAGGUCUAACUACUGCGAAUAUCCUAAAGUGCAAAUAAAUCCACCGAACGGCGUAGAGCAUUGUGAUUGGCUAUAUGGCAUAUUUGGGCACGAAACCUCCUGCACCAGAUACUGGACUUGCUGGAACGGAACAGCGACUGAGCAACUCUGUAUUGGUGGCCUCUUGUACAACGAGAACGCUCACUCCUGCGACUGGCCAGAGAAUGUAGACGGAUGUCAAAAACAUCCCCUCUGUAACGAAGACCCUAAUGGCAACGUUCCUCUUGGCAAGUCCUGCAACAGGUACUGGCAGUGCCAGGGGGGAUACCCUCGCCUGCAGAGGUGUCCUGCAAUGUUGGUCUUCGAUAGACGUUCGCUGAGAUGCGUGGUUCCUCCUACAGAGGAGUGUGACGUACCCACUACCACUCCUCCUCCACCAGAAGAGGUCCAGGAGGAAAGACAGCAAGUGCCGCACAAAUCCCACCGACCGAGUCAAGAGUACCAAGAUCCCCAAGGGCGUACGCGACCUCGGAACUAG